AUGCCGGUUCCGAUAAUCGAGGCUUGCCGGAAGAGGAAGAGGGAGCCGAAACUGUAUAAUCUGCAACGAUUCGGACAAGAGGAGUUUCCGAUUAGCCGGAAUGGAACUUUCCGGGAUAACAUUAGGGGUUUUCUCCGGGAAUUCGCGGAGGUUGAAGAGUACUGCAUCCGUGGGAUGCCUGUAUGGUGUACGCUUCUCAGCCACGAGACGAAGAACUCUGUGAUUCCGCUUUACACAGUCGAAGAAGACGUCGUUAGAUCGAGGUUUAAUCAAUCGUAUUUGGUGCACAGGUUUAAUCAAUCGUAUUUGGUGUUUGGGGAAGAAUUGGGAUGGAGUAAUCACUUUGUAUCGAGAAGGAAAUACCAUUUCAUAAUACCGAUAGAUACUGAGUGGAAUAUGCGUUUACAAGAUGUUGUUCUUGAUCUACAAACUCACCUUUUACAUGGAAUGAUUCACACUAAUGGGUUUGGUCAUUUGAUCUGCGUCAACGGUCUCGAAGGAGGAUCUACAUACUUGUGCGGAAGAGAGCUCGUCGACCUUUGGGACCGGAUAUGCACUAACCUCGGAGCAAGGAUGAUAACAGUUGAGGAUUUGACUAACAAGAGAUCUCUGGAUCUUCGGUUGUUAUAUGGGGUUGCGUAUGGAUACUCGUGGUUUGGGAGGUGGGGAUACAAGUUCUGCCGUGGAAGCUACGGUGUGACCAAGAAUGAUUACGAGAAUGCUAUAGAGCUUCUUGGUUCACUUGAGAUUGAUCAGAUUGAGUUUGACUUCAGUGAGCAUAAACAAUUCAAAGAGAUGAAGAACAUUUUCAGGCAUUACAGAGAAAUGAGUGAAGGGUAUUUGAAGACAUUGAGAGAUCUCUUGCGGUUUAUGCUUAUCACCAAGUCUCAUGCUCCUCCUAAGCGUCACGAAACAGAUUGUACUUGA